UUGACUGUUGAAGGCGUUUUACGAUGUUUAACCAGAAGAAUGGCAGAAGGGAGCAAUUUUCAAUCGUUAAAAGAUGGUUCUGAUGCAGAUUUUGAAUUCACGUGUACACCUUGCAGCAAAGACAAUAUUCGAGAAGAGGCUGACAAGUAUUGCCCUGAGUGUCAAGAAUAUCUGUGUAGGACAUGUACACGAUACCAUAGUCGACUCAAGGCUUCACAGCAACAUAAACUGCUGGAUAAAAAUGACGUCAAUCGAGGCUUACAUAUAGCAAGGACUAAAUGCCAGUACCAUGCUGACCGAGACAUUGAAAUGUACUGCAAAACACAUGAUAUGGUUUAUUGUACGAUGUGCAUUGCAACAGAACAUAGGUCUUGUGAUGGAGUAAACAAGAUUGAAGAUGUGUCCAAACAAAGCGUUACCCAAACGGAGAUUCAAGCCCUAUUAGAUGAGACAAAGAAUGUACAUGACACUGUAAAAUCCCUGACAGUAAAACAGAAACAGAAUUUAACCGUAAUAGAUAAACAGAAAGAAGUUAUUGAAGAAAAACUAGAUGAUACAGAGACAAAACUUAUAGAACAUAUUAGAAAAUUAAAAAGAGAGACAGCAAAAUGUUUGAAUGAUAAAUAUUCUACACUGAAGGAGGAACUCGUUUCUUCUCACAGUAUAUCAGGUCGAACAGAUAAAGUGUUGAAGCAAACUACGGAGCAACUGCAAUUGAUUGAUAGUCUGAAUAUAGAGCAACAAUUUGUCAGGAUGAAGUUGAUGAAAAAGAUUGUCAAAGAUGCAAAAACUUUAAUUACAAAAGGUGCGACAGAAGGUACAACAUUUAUCGAGUUUACUGUAAAUAGAGAGCUGACGGACGUCAAUAAAAAAAUAAAAUCUUUAGGUGAUGUAACAACCGGAAUUGUGGAUGAGCAGAUUGUGAAACAGAGGCAAUACAAAAUAAAGUCAACGAAAGAGGUCAAUGUGAAGCUGAGUAAUGACAAUAUGGAAUGUUACAUAUCUGAUAUCUGCAGACUUCCUGAUGGUAAGAUACUUCUGACUGAUUGUAACAAUAACAAAGUGAAAAGACUCAACAUUAAUAAUAGUGUAGAAAACAUAUAUGAUUUUUAUGCUUGUCCUUCAGGUAUAUGUUGUGUCAGUAACAGUGAAGUGGCUGUGAAAUUAGACAACAAUAAAAUACAACUCUUUUCUGUUGGCCCACCUCUGUCCAAAGGAAGGACUAUAGAUAUAGAAAACGGUAAUCAGUUUGGAUUAACAAUGUGUUGUGGUGAUCUAUGGUCAUCAGCCUCAAAUGGUGUUAACGUAUACAGUACAUCAUCAAAGCUUGUUAAAUCUAUCGUCAACGAUCAAAACGGGAAGUCUAUAUUUAAAUCCAAUGUUCAGCAGAUGUCAGUCACUUCUGAUACAGUGAUCGUGACAGAUUGCUCUGAUGGAGCUGUUUGUCUUAACAAGAAUGGUGUGGUCAUUAGAGAGCUGAGAGACAGUAGAUUGAAGUGUACCGUAGGUGUAUGUGUAGCUGAUGAUGGAACGGUAUUCAUAUGUGGAUAUCAAUCUAACAACAUCGUUAUGUUCGACAGUGAUGGUAAUUGUCUCGGAGAACUGAUUGGGAAAGACUCUGGCUUGAAAAAACCAGUCAAUAUGUGCUUUGACGGGACAAAAAAAAGGUUAAUUGUUGGAUUUUACAUCAAAGACACCCUAUUUGUAAUUGAAUUUGCUUAAGAUAGAUCGCAAAACUUUCAACUUCUAACCGGUAAAUUCCUUAAAAUAAGUUUAUGCUGAAUUGUGAUGUUUUACAAUUUUCAGAAAUAAAUCUAAUGUAUUUAUUGGCUAUAGAUGCGAAAUAACUAUCAAUAUUGUUUAGUACUUGGUUUAUAUUGAUGUUUUCAAUCAACUGAAAAACUCGUGUCAUAAAAUCAAUAUGUGAAUUAUAUAAAAUGUUAUUUGCAUGCGACAUUGUUUUAGUCUUUCGACGCACAUGCGUUAGUCCUAAAUGCUGUUUAGAAAAUAGAAACAAUAAUUAAAAAUAUAUUUUAAAUUUUUGUAGAACAAUCUUUGUAACACAAUUAUAUCAUUCUUCUAUAAACAAGAUAUAAUGCCUGUCAGUUAUACAUAAUAUAAUAUAAAAUCUUGCUAAAAUUGUGUCAUUUGUUGCAAUUAAAUUAAAAAUUAGAACUCUGUAAGGGAUAGAUUUUGAGAAAUAUUAGAAGAUGAUGCAAAUGAACUUUUAUUAUUCUUAAACGUUUCAGGCUUUAAAUGAACAUAUUACAUGUAUCAAAUUUCACAUGUGCAUAUUCGGAUUUUUGUUGAUGAAUGUUAGUAAAAUGUAAUAAUCAUGAUGUUAAGAUACAUUAUUAUGUUAAUCUGUUCAAAAUGUCGGACCAUUACUUUUAUUUUCGUUUAUAUUCACAAAAGGAAUACAACAAUUUAUACAUGCUGUAAAGUUCACAAAUGUUACUUACAUGCUAUAAACUAAGUUGCCAAUUUUUAAAUUCCAAGAAAAAUACUUGUACCUACUCGUAAGAAUCCGACAAGAAUAAGACUUUAGUGAAAUCAUACUAUUUUGAAUUUUACAAAUGACAUAAUUACAAUUAACGUAUGAACUAUGAAAAGUAGGGCAUACCUAUGUAUUAUGUAUAAAUGGUUAUAUGCUGAUUGAAGUGGUAUAUAGGAGUUACUCCUUAAUUACUUUUGUUUUCAUUAUUUCCUUGAUAAAGAAUCGUUAUGUAUAUGAUCGUUUUACUGCCCAAACAAACUGUGAACUUUCUUCAAAUAAAAGAAAUCAUAAAAAAGAGCCGUGAUUGAGAAUCAACGCAGAUCAUCACUAAACUAGCAACAGAGAUAUCCACUGUGUCGUUGAGGCAUUUGAAUUUCACGAAUUUGAAAAAUGACAUAAAGGUGUAUUAUACACGCCUAAUUUAAAUUCCUUCUUCAUUUCAAGUUACGAAUAAAAAUAAAUCUCUUUAUUAUAUAAUCUAUAAAUAGCUUUGAAAUGCCUUUCCCUGAUUGGCUAACAAGCAACUUUUUGUAAAAAAUAACAGGUCAAUAUCAGAGUAUAUUCACCUGUUUUUUCCUAAAAAUAGAUUUUCUGGAAAUCCCUAAAAGACGCGAUACUUUGACGUGACGUCACGCCAAGUUUGUUGUUAUUAUUCUGAAAAAACGUUGAGUUGGGUGUACAUAAGAGUCAAGUUACCGUUUUUCAUUUUUAAGAAAAAUAGGGAUUAGCAUGCCAAUGGAAAGGGCCAAAUUAUGGAAACAGUAGACAAGCUGAAAAAUAAUGAUUUCCGUCGUAUGCAAUGGCAGAUGUGAUAAGCCAUAUAAAAGCUAUUUAUAGAUUAUAUAAUAAAACAGAUAUGUACAUUUUAGCUGUUGAAUAUGAUGUGAUAUGUACUGAAAAAAUUAAUAUUGACCGAGGCGAUGAUGUGAUAUGUACUGAAAAAUUAAUAUUGACCUCGGCUAUCGCCUCGGUCAAUAUUAAUUUUUUUCAGUACAUAUAUAUCACAUAUCAUAUUCAACAGCUAAAAAGUCCAUAUUUGUAUAAUAUAUCAUAUCUGUUUACAUUGUUUUUGUAUAGUGAAAUAUUUUAAGCUUCAAUCCAUAUUAAUAUGUCGAAACAUUUUUUAAACAAAAUAGAUAGUUAAAACAAGCGGAUUUCUCUAAUAUACAUGUAUAUGGCAAUAUGAAUUGUACUUCGGAACAGCAUUUGAGUGACCUUCGAAUUUAACUAGAACGGCGGUUAAGAUGAAAACAAACAAGACAUUAAUCGCUCACCUAAAUGCCAUUGUUAGAAAAAGUUAUAAUUUCUUUGAUGUAGAAACAGGUGAAAAGUUCACAUUCAAGGUCACCGAUACUUACAUACAAAGUGUACAAGCAGUUUAAAUUUGAAGAUUGAAACUUCAGACAAAUAGGCACUUAUAGAACUGAAAGAGUUUCACUAAGCAAUGCAUUUGUCCAAUAUCAAAAGUCUUUGUCUUGUGUAUUCUAAGGAGAACAUGUAUCUUUUAAGUAUAACAAUUUAGUAAUGCACAAUGUGCAAUAUAAUUCUUUUUACUCCAGGGGCAUGAUUUAUUCAUUUUUGUAGAGGUCCACUAGACAAAGUUACAUGUUUAAUUUGGAAAUAAAGUUAACAUUCUAACCAUUUAAAGGAACAAUUUUUCUGCGUCUGAAAAUAAAACAACAACAAAAAAACAACAACAAUAACUGACUUUAUUUCCAAAUGAAUUGACAAAAUGGUAUGACAUUUUAUGUAUGUAAUUAAAACUGAUGUUUUGCUGGUGAAAUAAAUUCUAUAUACUG